AUGUCAACCGGCUUUCAGGCGAACCCGACGACCUCCGCCGCUUCGACGAAGCCCAAAAACCGGCACAGCGGCCUCUUACAGGACCAGCUCCGGAGGGCCCAACGCGCGCCAUGGUGUCCCUCUUGGUCGGCCGCUCUGCGUAUCCUGCUACUCGUCCGAGUAACAGGCGCAAUGUAUAGUGGGAUUCAGGAUUGCGACGAGGUCUUCAACUUCUGGGAACCUCUGCACUACCUCUGGAAAGGGUACGGUUUCCAGACAUGGGAGACGUCACCCGAGUACUCCAUCCGGAGCUGGGCCUACAUCCUCUUGCACUACUUCCCUGUCGGCGUUUCGUCAACCUUCAUCGGUCCGGAGAAGAGGCCCGCGUUCUUCGCCGUCCGUAUCUUAUUGGCAAUUGUCUCCUCCCUUUGCGAGGUCACACUCUACCGGACGGUGGUGGAGCAUGUCAACUACCGCGUCGGCCGUUAUCUGUUCUUCGUUAUGAUGUUCAGCUCCGGCAUGUGGAUCGCGUCUACAGCCGCCGAGCGAGACAAUAAGCGUCGCACGAUGUUCGCGACGUUGUCGUUUGCAGCUGGUGCGAUCGUGGGCUGGCCGUUUGCAGCGGUGUUAGGCGUCCCUUUCGUCUUCGAAGAGUUAUUCUUGGCAGGAGCAGACAAGGUUACUCCCGAAAAGUACGGGUCGUGGCUUGCCGAACGGUGGGAGCGGAUGCUCGAAUGCUUUGUGGCAGGCACUGCUCUGGUGGUAUCUCCCGGUCGUGGCAUGGAUUCGCUCUUCUAUGGGAAGCUAGCGGUUGUCCCUUGGAACAUCAUCCGGUACAACGUCUUCCCCGACUCUGCGCGCGGACCCGAGCUGUACGGAACGGAACCUGUGCACUUCUACGUGCUCAACCUGCUGCUCAACUUCAAUGUCUUGGUCCCAUUUGCGCUCAUGGCGCUCCCGGCACUCGCAAUCACCUACCGCGUGGACAAGAAGCGGCUCGGAGAACGCUACCAGUUCGUCAACCAGAGUUCGCCUUACACGCUCCUCGCGCUCCGACUGGCCCCGAUGUACGUCUGGUUGGCCAUCAUGACGGCGCAGAAGCACAAGGAAGAGCGAUUCAUGUACCCGAUCUACCCGCUGAUUUGCUUCAAUGCGGCGGUGGCGAUAUACCUCGUACGAGGCUGGCUUGAGGUCGUGUUCAUCGCGGCGACCAACUCCCCUUACCAGGCGUCCCGCUCCUCCCUGUUCCGCUUGUUCACGUUCUCGGUGAUCGGGGUCUCGGCGGUGCUCUCGCUGUCACGGAUCGUGGCGCAGUGGAAGUACUACCACUCGCCGAUGUCGGUCACGUACGCGCUCGAGGCAACGGAGGUGCCGCAUUUGCUGAACAGCACGGGCCAUGUCGUCCUCCCGCCGCACUUCGGACAGACACACAACAAGGCGACGAGCCACGAAGACGAGUACGAGGAGCUGCGGAUCGACCUUGGGCUGAUCGAAGACUGGGGCCUGCGGAUGUGCGUGGGCAAGGAGUGGUACCGGUUCCCGGGCCACUUCCUGGUCCCGGACGGCGUCCGCGUGGACUGGGUCAAGAGCGAGUUCGACGGGAUGCUUCCGGGGCACUUCACGGAGACGGGACACCGCGGCAACCUCGGCGUUCUGACGAACUACGGCAAGGGCCUCCUAGAGCGCGUGAAGGGAACGAGGGCGGUCGGCAAGGGGCUGAACGACUUGAACAAGGAGGAGCCGAGCUUCUAUGUGAAGGUGGAGGAGUGCGACUACAUGCUCGACCUCGACUUCCCGCUGCACCCGACGGCGAGCGCGCUGGAGCCGCGGUACGGUGCGGACGAGGAGACGUGGGCGAAGGUCGCGUGCCAGCCGUUCCUGGACGCGCGGCACUCGUCGCUGCUGACGCGGACGCUGUGGAUGCCGGGCGCGGCGUGGCAGGCGGGGAACGAGUUUGGCGAGUUCUGUCUGCUCCGGCACCGGGCGAAUGUUGCGGACAAGCUGCGGAAGAACCGUGUUGACCGGGCGUAG